GCUUCCAAGAUUCCAAAAUGUGUAUUUCAAUUGGGCGAUCGUCCUUUAAGUAUUACUAUACAGAGAGCAUUAGGUGCGUUGAGUUGGUGGAGAACCAUAAAACUUCUUUGGAGUUUGCUUGUACAUCCAACGUCCAUAAGCAAAAAAGAAGUUGAGGAUUAUAAAAAUUCUGAUUUUCUGGAGAAAAUGCUUUUGGAAUUGUCAAAGGAAUAUCCUGAAUUGGGUCGAGUAUUUAUACAUGAGCGUGACAAAUUCUUGGCAUAUUCAUUGCAAGUAGCAACACGUCACUAUCCAAGCGUGGAGCGUCCUUUGUUAGUGGUUGGUGUUGUUGGAUUAGGGCAUAUUUCAGGAAUUGUGAAACAUUUCGGCAAAGUAACGGCUGAAGAAAUAAGAGAGCUUCUAAGGGUUCCUGAACCAUCAAAAUCUAGUAUAAUCAUUCAAAAAGGUUUUAAGUAUACAGCUGUGGUUGCAUGUGUUUAUUUUAGUUUCAAAAUGUUACCUAUGAGUGUAAAGACAGGGAUAUUUGAGAUGACUCAGAAGAUUUUGCCUUCCAAAUGAACCAUUUAUUAGAAAUUAGUUUAUUUAAGCAUAUUUUGCAUAUAUGCCAUUUUCAUACACUAUGAAUUUAUAUAUGAUAUGUAUAUAUGUACAUAUAUAUUUAUAUACAUAUACAUGGGAGUAGCUAGGAGACAGUUGUGGAUUAUUUUCGUACAUUCACAAAUCUUAGCUAUUUCUAUGUAUAUAUAUGUGGUAUAAAUAUGUAUAUAUAAUUAUUGCCGGUCGGACUUUUUGCGGGGCUUGAAGCUAAAUGGCAAUGCGGAACCUCAUGAAUAUGAACUCGAAGAAGAAGUACUAUAGUAAUACAUGCAUUAUAUGUCAACAUUUCACAAAUUUGCAAGUGAAUACAAAAAUGCAUUUAACAUUAAAUAUACAUUUAAAAAUCGAUUCAAAGCAAAAAUUAAAUGUUUAAACAAUUAAUUUAAAAUUGACAAAUAAACAAUAAUUAUAUAUAUGUUAUCUUGAAUUUUAAAUAGUAUGUUUUGAAAUAAGAGUGCUUGGUGCACCUGCCUCUGG